AUGCUCCAUUUGCUAAGUUUUCUAACAACUCUGGCUGCCUUUGGGCAUCUAGUAUCCUCAUCUCUAACGUCAUUCCGUUCUACUACCUAUGUUUUCCCGCAAGGCGCCCUCGAGGGGUUCAGCGAUAGGGGUUUCAUCAGCUCGGUUUAUGGAUUCGAUGCACAGAAAGUCAGACCGAUCAACAACACGGCUUACGACUGUUGGUACUUUGAUGUCGUGUCUGAGGAUCUGAAGUCUAACACCGGCAUCAAUUUUCUCUCAGCACCGCACAGCGGCUUUGUGUCCAGUGGGCGUCCAUCCGACGAUAUCCUGUUCGAUUCAAUGUCCUUGUCGAUGGCCGAGUUCCCGGACUACGGCUGGGUCACGAACACCACAGAGGGGACUGACGUGAGCCAAGGGCAAGGAGCAGCUGGUGACUGGACUGACAGCGGUAUCAUGACAACAGCUGGUACUGGGGUCGUGGCACAGUAG